AUGAUGGCUCAGUUAAGGAAUGUGACAAUUCUUAUGAUAGUCUUUGUGGCUGCAGUGAGCACAGAAGCUAAAGAUUACACUGUGGGAGGUACCACAGGUUGGACUAGUUUUCCUCCUGGUGGUGCCUCUUUCUAUUCCAAAUGGGCUUCAAAUUUUACAUUCAAAGUAAACGACACUCUAGUUUUCAACUUCGAAUCUGGAAGCCAUGCUGUGGCUGAAGUUACCAAGGCAAACCAUGACAAAUGUGAAGUGAAGAACAACAUCAAAGUGUUGAAUACGGGACCAGCUAAAAUCACCCUUGAUCACACAGGGGAAUUCUACUUUACCUGCACCUUUUCAGGCCAUUGUAGCAGUGGCCAAAAGCUAAGCAUUAAAGUCAGUGGUACUUCUUUUCCUGUACCAGCACCAGCACCAGCACCAACACCAAAACCAAAGAGAACUCCAGCUGAAGCUCCUUCAGCUUCUGCUCCUGCAUCCGGAUCAGUUCCAAGCUCACCUUCCAAUGAAGGAUCUCCAUCGUCCCCAACUCAACCAGGUGCUAUAGCUCCUCCACCACAAGGCUCAGCAACACCUCUUUCUGCUACCUUCUCUCUUCUCCUAGUCACCAUUGCCAUCAAUUUUUUGUCUCAAUUUUAG